CUUGGCUUCUAAACUCAGCUCUACUCCAGCCCUAGAAGCGCUCUGGGUAGUACACACAGGCACAAAGGGCUUUGUCAAUUUCAGCCACUUCUCAAGGAUCACAGGAAAGAUCUCAGCUGACCCAGAAAGGUGUCUUACUCAGCAUCAAAAGGAGGUGUUUGUAUUCAUUUUCCUGACAGGUUGGAACAAAAUAAUCAGGGAAUGUCAAAACAGCCAGCUUCAAAUGUUAGAAGCAUUCAGGCUAAUAUCAGCAUUCCAAUGGGAGCACUUUUACCCGGGGCAGGUCAGCCGCCGAAAAGAAAAGAAUGUACUGAACCAGAUGAGAGUCUUCCAGCAACUUCAGAGGAAGAGAAGAAAAAGACUCUCCCAGGGGCCAAGAAACUACCAGGCCCUGCUGUAAAUCUGUCAGAGAUCCAGAAUGUAAAGAGUGAACUGAGAUAUGUCCCAAGAGCUGAACAGUAACAGAAAUUAAAAGCAUAACAGGAAACGCGAAUAACAGGCUUGCUUCCAAAUAUCCCCCUUGAAUGUCACUGGCUUCCCUCUCCCACCUUCAGCUGCUUUCCUCACACCCCAAAACUAGACGAUUGGAAGAUCCUCCUGGACAGCUUUUCACAGGAUGAGAGGGCUUGCAGACGGAAGGAGGAGACUGGCACUUCCCCAGACACAAGCAGAAGCCUCUUCAAUUCAAGCCAAAGUAGAACAUAGGAUCCAAGACAGAGUCUAAGUGAUAACAUUUGCCGGAUGCUAUGUGGAAAAUUUUUCCGUAUACAACAUCUGAUGCAUUCAAACAAUAGCCAAAAAUGAUUUAUUUUAGCUAAGGUUAGAUUGACUGAUUGAUAGAAUUUCUUUCCUGCCCUUCACCAUAAUGUCCCAGGGCAGGUUACAACAAUAUCAAAAUGCUAGCCUAUACAAAUGCCUGAUUCACUGUUUUUUAUGAAAUAUGUAGCCCCCACACCAUGGGUUGCCUUCUCUAGGAUAGCUAUGCUUGAGAAAUUGGAGCUCUUUCUUAAGUGGAGGAAAAUCAUCCCACCCCAUCUGCUGCAAUGGAUGUGGAUGCUACUCUAAGUAGGAGGCAAGUUACUCUUCGUUUAACAAAUAUUGCUCCCCACAGCGGCUCUUAGCUCCAGAAAAGCAGCUCUCAUUAGCACCAGUUGAUGUCUCCCACCCCACCAGGGGCCAAAUAACAAGGGAGGGUCCAUUAUUAUUCACAACCACAGUGUCAGAGGAAAAAGUGAAACAUCUCCCCAUGCACUGAGGUCGUGUUGAAAAUUGUCUCUUUUCGUGCCAGCUGUUACUUAAAAUGAGUAUAUAAAUAUAUAUAAGUAUAUAUAAAUGAGUUUUUAAUGGCAUGCUUAGCACUGCAUUUAUUUUGGUAAUAAGCUAUUACAUGAAUUCUUAUGAAUUAUCUAAUAAAUUGGAAACCAGCUCAAAUGGG